CGCAUCAACUUCAAACUCUAACCCAGUUUAAGUAAUUGAUGGAGUGGAGGAAGGAGACUUUCACUCGGUAGAGGAGCAGCUGUCAGCCACAGAGUUGCAAUAAAGACAACCGCCCGAGGGGAUAGAAGCAGACGGAGAGCAGCGGGAGACAGGCGAAGGCGAGAAAUAAAAGGAGAAGACUGCUUGAGGUGACCAAGUGGCGAUGGAGGCGCUCGGCAUGCGUGAUUAUCAGCAUUAGGGAGCACCGCUUCUAGAGAGCGCUCGCUUUGUGAAGGUGGAUUUACAAAGUGACCAGAAACUGACCGCCCUGAUCUAGCUGUUUUGUUUUAACUUGACGGAUUAUCACCAGAACCAUGAACGUGUCGCCACCAGACCGGAGGAAAAACGUGCGAGAGCUGGUUUUGGAGAUUGGCAUCCGGGUGCUGCUUUUCGGAGUUUUUGUAUUUACAGAGUUUCUGGAGCCCUUUGAGAGAGUGAUUCAACCAGAGGAGCUUUGGCUCUACAAGAAUCCCCUCGUUGAGUCAGACCACAUUCCCAAGAGGGUCAUGUUCGCUAUUUCAUUUCUUGCCCCAUUGGCAGUGAUAUUUGUGGUGAAGAUAAUUCAGAGGACGGACAGGACGGAGCUGAAAGAGGCAUGUUUUGCUGUGUCCCUGGCCCUCGCAUUGAAUGGAGUCUUCACAAACACCAUCAAGUUGAUUGUUGGCAGACCCAGGCCCGAUUACUUCCACCGUUGUUUCCCGGAUGGACAGAUAAAUGCCAAGAUGCUGUGCACCGGUGAGCCAGAUAUAGUCUCCGAGGGACGCAAGAGCUUCCCCAGCAGCCAUUCCUCCUUUGCAUUCUCCGGACUUGGCUUCACCUCCUUCUACCUGGCGGGGAAGCUGCAGUGUUUUACGGAUAAAGGUCGAGGGCGUAGCUGGCGUCUCUGUGCCAUGGUGCUACCUCUCUACAGCGCCAUGAUGAUUGCAUUAUCCCGGACCUGCGACUACAAACACCACUGGCAAGACGCCGUUGUUGGAGGAGUGAUCGGGUUGCUGUUUGCCUAUAUCUGCUACCGCCAGCACUACCCACCCUUUCUGCACACGGACUGCCACCUGCCUUACGCCAGUCUGGCUGCUGCUGCCCACCUGCCCUCGCACCCCCAGGACGACCCGCAGCCCAUGGACAAUGCCACCAGCCUUCCCCUGGAGGGCCUGACUGAAGGCCCAGUAUGACUAGUGGCCACCACCGAGACGUCCCCCAACACCCUCACCAAGCCAGCGAGCCCACCUCCCCAUUCCAAGUGACUGGCUGGCUCUUGAAUACAUUCCAGUGGACUUUAAUACGACGUACCCAUCUACAUACCCCCGUCUCGGUGACACCCACAUGUUUAUUUUUUUGGGUUAUAAAAAAUCUAUAUUUAGAUGUGAUGUAUGAGAGGAGUUUAUGAAAAAUGGGACAUCACCUCUGAGAGGGAAGAGAGAAAAACAUGCUGAAAACCAGAGGAAUCACAUCCUACUAAUGGCGGUGAAGGAAGAGGAAAAUAUCUCCAGUUUUUGAUGGAUUUUUUUGGCUUAAUGAGAAAUGUGGUUGACAGGUUGUUUUAUGUUGGAGUACAUUUAAUGUUUUGCUGUGAAGUAUUGGGAAAGCAAGUUGGAGAUACCCAGAAACAUCCCAUGAAAUGUCACAGCAAUCAGUCAUGAAAUCUAACCAGUUAAGAAGAGUAUGUCCCCAUAAAUCAAAGCUAAUGGGAUUUAAUAGCAUGAAAUCUGAGGACAUUGUGUUUCAGUCAUACUCUAAAAUGCACAUUGCGUUUUCCUUUAAACACCCAAGGAUUUGGAACAAUGCUUUUUAAAAUGUCCAAUUGUCAAUUGUGACAUAAAGCUAGAUAUAGAACCAAUUUGCUUUUGCACAAAAUCACUGCUCCAUAUCAAGGACAGUAUUCAAUGUUCCCCAACUUUACUAUUCUACAUUCACCCAUUUUUGAUUAUUAUAUUUCUCCCUAUUGUCUUUGGGCUUGUAUAGGCUUCAGCAGUCCUGCAUAUUGUCCCUUCCCAAUUUCUUUCCUUCUCCUUGUCUCCUUGUGUUUUAAAAGCCCUGCAUUUGUUCCCACUGGUUGCACAGGGACAUGAACCUAAAUUGUAGCUCAAUGAGUUCAAUCUAUAACAGGGAGGUGCCAGUGGCGGGGUGCAAGUGUGUCUGGAGUUGACAGACAAAAACUCCAAUCUGAUCCUGCAUUAGUUCUCAUUAAGAGGGAUCAGCUACGGCUGCUUAUGCGCACAUUAGGACUAUAUGAGUUGGCCAAUAGAUGGCCCACGCAUUUCAAAUAGCUUUCAGCCCAUUGUAGCCCCACAAAUAGAUCAUCUAGCAUUCAGGAGAUGGCAGCCCUGAACCCGGGGCAGCGAUUCUGAUGUUUUAUUCAUUUGUAAAUGUUCCAUUAUUUAUUAAUAUUUCCAGCCUUAAUUUAGGUUAGUUAUGUCAAAAGAAACACCAAAGAUUUGUAGCUCUUUUCCUUUUUAGGUUGUAUGCACCCCUUGAUUAGAGAAAAUGAAACACUACACUGGUUCCCCUAUCAUCAACAAAGCAAUUGGUUGCCUCUUCCAAGUUCUGUCAGAAAGGACUAAUCAUUUUGUUGCCCUGGUUACUGUGUAUUUUAAGCCAUUGCUGUGACAUUAAUGGGAAGGUGCAAUCUCAGCUUACCUUGAAACCAACCAAGCUACUGAAAAGUCAAUGAUUAUAUAUAUUUGCACUGAAACGUGAAGGGUGAAAAACUGGAGGUAGCACAUGAAAACAGCAUGAUACAAAAUGAGCAGCUAGCCCAACGUAGACGGUUAUUUUGUCUUUUUAUUAUCUUGUCAUAUCAGUCAAGACACAUAUUUAUGUAGAAAGCAACACUUGAAAUGGUCACUAGCUGGUUUUUGCAUCGUAUAGAAUAGAAAAAGUAAGCUUCUCUGUUCAAAAAUUCUUUUAAACGCCAUUUACUGAAAUCAGCCACAAUUAAGCUUCUAUCAUUACGGAAACCCAUUGGCAGCUUUUUAAAUCUGUUUAUGAAUGUGUGUGCAGGUUUUUGACAAAGCCUAUCCUGCACAGAUGCAAUACAAAACCUUUUGCAAGAGAGGAGAAAAAGGUGCUCGACUACACAUACUGUAAGACUCUGUGACGAGACUUUACGAGACUCUGAGAGUUGCCUGGAGAGCAACUUGUGACCUCCUUGCUGGUCUUUCAGCACCAGACUGCAGAUCGGUGUAAUAUUUUGACAUCUUGAAGCAGAUUUUGUGAUUAAAUGACACAGAUGCAUUAUGUUCUAUAGACCUGCAUUCGCCUGACCUGGCAACUUGAUGUUUGUAUUUUGUCAUUUUAGUAUUACCUAUUAGAUGGUGCAGUGUAUAUUGGAAAAAAUGUUGUUCAGAAGUCAUGUCUGUUGCAGUAUUUUUGCUUUAUUAGCAGAGGAUUUAUGUUUCCCAUUCCCCGACUUUUAAUCAUCUUCCUUUUUUUUUUGGUGCUAUAGAUACUUUUGUAGCGUCACUUUUAUGUUCAAAUUGUCAUUCUGAAAUGAA